UCGUUUGACAACUGAUCACGCAUGUAAAAUGUGAACCUAAAUUUAGUUCUAGUGCAGAUACGUUCAUACGACACAAAGACACAAUUUUGUUUUACGGAUCAUUUCGGCUUACAGGACUGGGUCAGAAGAACGGAACUACCCGUCAGAGGUGAUGUCUGUAAAGCCAGCUGAUUCUCACAUGGUCGAAAUUGCUUCAGCAGAACAAAGGGAUGGUCUAAGGUCUACAUUGAAAGAUUUGUUGUGAUGUCUUCUAUUCGUUGAGCACCAGUACAUCGUCAGUGGCCUUCUGUAAAGUUUUGGAAGGGAUCAUGAGAGCCAACACUCUUCACUUCUACCUUGCUGGUGAGCCAUUCAGCAGUACACCCGCUGUCGGCAAGUCUGGUAGAGCAAACAAGAAGAAAUAUGUGUGUCCAUAUAGCUUCUCUGAACAGGUUGAUAUGUUAAGGAAUCUUCACCCAGACAGUGAGUCCUUUGAAGACCUGAUGACCAAAGACAAAGGAUGGAGAGUAAGGUGUAUGCGAGCCAUGGGAUUUGAGGGAACACUGACGGAGUUUGGCGGAUUUUUCAAAGAAGCCAUCACUGUAAGCUGUUUAAAAACACAGAGUUACAUUGUGGCAGUGAAAAUAAUGAAAGAUAGGGCUAUCUCUGGGCAGAAGGUCAAUAGGAAUUGCUUUGCAAGCUUGCCUGGAGUGCAAGAGAAGGAGAGAAUCUUCCCAAUUCUUCAAAGGUGGGCACUUGGCCAAAUUGAUAGGAAGGGAGCCAACAAAGAGUGGGAGGAAACGAAGAAAACACAAGUCAAGUCCCAGACAGCCAGGGCCUCCAAUGAGCAGUUAAGAAAAAGGAACCAAACCUUGGAGCAAGAAAACUCUAGAUUAAAAAAUCAACUUGAAUUGCUGCGGAAAGAGCUUGACUCAGCACUGAACAAACGGAAGGAAGAUGUGUUUGAGUUUGAAACCUUGGAUCAAGACAUCGUCCCUCAAAUUACAACAAAAAAGAGACGCGCUGCAUACAAGGUUUCAUUCGAGAUGUCUUCAGAACCAGAAACAGAUGACAGUUUAAUUGAUCCGCAUUGGAAACCUUCACCUAAAAAUUCUUCAUCAAGUAUGGACUGUUAGGGGGCUGGUCAUUAUUCAAGCUUUGAUCCGUUGUUUUGUGGUGGAGAAAAACUCGAGAUCCAGGAAGCUGAACAAAAAACAGACAGACAAAGCGGGACUGCAUCCAUGUCUAAUUAUGUGCAAGAAGAACAGACGCUGUCUACAGCGUUACCUAUGCAGAGCUCUGCAUCAAAGAAAAGAAAGGAGCCGGAAACGAUGCAAGCAAAGAAGAAAGCAAGGAAUGACCAGGGGAAGCCAACCACAACGCUGUCAAUGAAAGUAGAACAGACGCUGUCUGCAGGACCGACUGCUUUAUGGGAAAUCCUCAAUAAAGAAAAACAAGUCAUACAUGAGAACAGGCGACAAGGUUUUCGCAAAAAAGAGAGGAGGCAAAGGCAACUGGGUGCCAGCUGUCAUCACAGCGAAAUUGAAAGGAGGAUCCACUGUCCAGGUGAAAUUUAAUGACGACGGGGCGUUGAUGUUUGUGCCACAACAUGAUAUACAGCUGGUCAUAUAAUGAAAGGCAGCCAAUGGCGAAAUGUAUAUAUUUAUAUAUAGUGUAUAUAGUUCAAGCAAUAGUUUUUCAACAUUUAUUUAUUAGACAAUAUUUGAUUUUAUAGUAACUGAAAACUAAUUUGUUAUUUUAGCUGAUUAUUAUAUAUGAAAUAUAAUAUGAAAUAUGAAAGUGAAGCUAUCCUACUCACCCCAGCGUCGGCGUGAGCGUGAGCGUUAGCGUGCUAAUGUUAAAGUUUUCAAACCACCCCAAAUAUUGUCCAUGUCCCUUGACAAAUUGCUUUCAUAUUUUGCAUACAUUUUAACCAACAUGACCCCAAUCUAUAAACAAGAGCAGACAACUGUAUCAAUCAUUUUGUAAGAAUUAUAGUUCUUUUUUCACUGAUGUUAAAGUUUGCGUACCACCUCAAAUGUUUUCUAUGUCCCUUGACAUAUUGCUUUCACUUUGCAUACAUCUUUACCAACAUGACCCCAAUCUAUAAACAAGAGCAGACAACUGUAUUAAGCAUUUUGUCAGAAUUAUGGCAAUUUUUGCACUUAGAAUAUGCACAUUAUUGAUAAAUCUAUGUUAAAGUUUGCGUAACACCUCAAAUGUUUUCUAUGUCCCUUGACAUAUUGCUUUCAUGUUUUUCAUACUUCUUUACCAACAUGACCCCAAUCUAUAAACAAGAGCAGACAACUGUAUCAAGUAUUUUUUAAAGAAUUAUUGCCCUUUUUUUACAUAGAAAAUUGAAAAUUUGAUGAAGUUUCGUGUUUAGCUAUUGCUUUCAUACUUGCAACACUUAAAAAAAAAAUAAUAUUUAUUUAUUUCAUUUUUGAAGGACCGUCCAAUCAUCCCACCCAAGCUACUGCUAUCAAACUUGAAAUAAAGUGUUAUUAGUUUAUUUUAUGUCUUUACAAAUUUUCAAUAGAUUGUGGAAAAUAUACCUGAAUUUAGAAUCGUUAAUAAAAGACAACUUUUUUAAAACAUAAGUGAUCAAUAUGGUCCUCUUCGUCUUAAAAUAUGACUAUAUUACCUUGACCUUAUUGAAUAUGAACAAAUUCCCCAUGAUGGCUUACGUUAUACCGUCAUGCACUCAAAUAGUUGAGCGCGCUGUGUUCAGACAGCUCUUGUUUUAAUGAUUAUGGUGUCAAUUCUUUUUACAAUGCAAAAUUAAAUAUAUAUUUAUUAUUGUUGUAAUAUUUAAAAAAUAUGAAGCCUAUCAAACGUUUGAACUAUGUCAAUCAAAACAGCGGCAAUUUAAUUGAUGUUUAUAAUAACUUAUUAUUAAUUGAACAUAAUUUCAAUAACCUCAAUUAGAACUUUAUUUAAAAUCAUGUUUCUUAUUAUUAAUCCUUUGGUCUGGUGUAUAUAUAUAUA